AUGACGUUCAGCCAGUCCAGCAGUGUCACGCCUGCUCCACUUGACUCCGCUUGGCCUCCAGCCCACAUUUGGGAAACCAUGGGCCCGACGGACCGUGCUAGUUGGCUAGGACAGAUACAGAGAGACAGGGCCAGGCGUCUUGAAAUGGAUGUUGCAGAGACCGACCUCCGCCACAGACGGCCUCGAGCGGACCUACAAGAUGACGAUAAUCUCGAGGAAAACUGUGAGCCACCCCCUGAAGUCAAACCACUCAUCGACAUAUUUCCGGGUGUCUCCGCCGCCCUUCUUACUCGCGUCCUCGAGAGGAAGUUGAAGGCGACUGAACUUAUACGCUUCAAAGAGAAGUCAGUCACCGAGUUAGAUCAGGAGGAUAGGGUCUUCAAGAUGACCGAGUCUGGAGGCACAGUAGGCUUUAAGAAGGCAGCGGCAUCGCUUAAGGACUGGGGUCCCAACCCUCAAACAUAG